CCAUGUAAAACAUGGGAGGAGCACAUAGGAAAAAUGAAACAUAUGUCUGCAGUGAAGAAACAAGAGGUAGAGAGUGAUUUAAUCUCCACCAAGCCGAACUUUCUCUUUUCCUUUUUGAAAAAAGGAAGGCUGGAUAAAGCAGCUGAUGCAUUCAAUACCUAUGUUGUUUUGAAAGUCCAUAAUUUGAAAAGCACUACAAUAGACAGAAGAGGAAGUGAACCUUCCUGGGAACAGGACUUCAUGUUUGAAAUCAGUGCUGAUGAAAAGGGCUUCACUAUAGAGCUGUGGAAGAAAGGCUUGCUCUGGGAUAGCAUUUUAGGAAUUUUAUGGAUUCCCCUUGCAGCUGUGGAGCAUGCAACAGACGAAGGUCCAGGUGCCUGGUGGACACUGCAUUCUGAAAUAAUAAAAAAUGGAAGUGAGAUUCAAGGCACAAGAACACCAACUUCACAUGAGAUCUUACUGGAUGUCUACUUCGUAUUACCAUUUGAUGUGCACGAAGAUUUAGAUUACAGACGCUACUACAGAGGGAUGCUUCUCCAAGGGAAAACUCAUUCACAUAAAGAUACACAUGAUAGACUGUCACCCAUAGAAAGUGGUCUCAGCAUGCAAGAAAACAAACUAAGAAGAAAUAAAAAUCAAACUGGAAGAAAUUUUGCAAAAGCAAGAUGGGCCAGGGCUAUUCAGAAGUAUAAAGGCUUCUUUCUAGAUAAAAAUGGUGAUGUAUACUGUAAAGAAAAUAAUCACGGUGUGAGAGAAGCAUUCGACAGCGUCCCGACAACUGCGGGCAGCAGCGCGCCCCGCUCUGCGGGCCUGGGGCCGUCGAGCCGCCAGCAGGGGGGGCGCUGGGAGCGCACGGCCGCUGUCGUCGCCCCGCCUGCUGCAGCCGGGGCCGCGGCGGCUGCUUGCAGAGACCCGGCCACACACGCACCCUGGGGGAGCAGUUGUUGCGCAUCCCUGCGGCUGCAGGCAGACCGCGUGAUUUCAUUCCAACUGACUGCAGAAACUGCCUUUCUGUUCUUCCCAGUUGUUUGUUUUUUUUUUUUUUUUUCCUUCUAAUCUGGAAGAAAUAAUCCAAUAUCUGACUAGGUUUAGAAUACAUGAUUUAAGAACUGAUUGAUUGGUUUUAUUUAUUGUUAAUUGGUCAAUUUAAGAACUGACACACUUACUGCCUUUUUGUAAUGAAAGGGAAGGAAUAUUGGUCCUCUAAUAAGACUAGAGAGGUGGAAGAUGGCAUAGAGAGAGCUUAAUUCUGUGGCAGCUUUCCCAAAUUUCAGGCUGAGAUCCAUCAUGAAAUUUAAAUUGCUUCUAAUCAGUUUAUAAAAAUCACCGUUUCUGUAUAAGUAUUCAUCAAUAGAAACAAUCAGUUAAUAUCUAAAGAAGUUAUUUACCACUGGUUAUAUUACCUAGAAUUAGUAAUGGAAAUCUCUUAAAUAUUUUCACUUGACAGACUAUUAUUUUUAAACAAUAUAUACAAACGUUUUCUUUCUACAGAUGCUGAAACUUAAUAAUAAUAAUAUUUGUAUGUAUGUGUGUAAAAAUGCAUCUGUACAGCAAAGCCAUUGUCCCAUUUUCAGAAUGUAAUUGAUUUCUAAAUAUAAAAUUGCUUUUUAUAAGAUUAUUACACUGUAUUUCAGAUGGAUUUGUUUUCCACGUUGAGCUUGAUAUCCUAAGGUGUAUUUUAGCCUAAAGAAUGAAAUACAUACUGGUAUAGUUUGGGUGCAGAUGGACUCAAAAUUUUAUAAGCUGAGUAUAAGAUUGAAAAGAUAAGUAAAUUUGGGAAAGUUUUAACUACUUUGAAAUUUCAGAAUUUGUUUUUCCCCUACAGAAGAGCUUCAGAGUUUAAACUACUUAAUCAGGAUCAAAGGGUACUACUACAUGUGUUCUCACUUGCAACAAUAUUUCUCUGAAUAAUAAUCCUUAAGUGAGAGAAAUUAUUAGAUGCAUUGAAGCUGUUGUUUCAGCUUUUUAUUCAUUUCUAAUAGUUUUGUUAUUUAUUAUUAUUCAUUUCUAUAGUUUUGUUAUUUAUUUAUUUCAAAGCUAUUCAGUCAAAAAAAAAAAAAAAAAAAAAAAAAACCACAGAAGGAAAAGUCUGACUCUUUUUAGAAAAGAUGAGAAAGAUUAUAGUCACUCUCUGUCCUGAAGCUUGUUGGGGUGAUUUGUUUUGCCUUGGAGAUGUGAAGGUGCAUGGAAGUAUUCCUCCUGAACUCCUGUCUGAGUUCCAUGCAAGUUAGCAGUGACUAAAGUAGUAGUAAUUUGUUUAAGGAAUGUUAGUAGUUGUUGUCCAUACUAUAAUUAUCCUGGAACAGAGCUAAAAUUACCUAUCUUUUACAUCUUCAGAUUGUACAACUUUAUCUUGCAGGUACAGUGAUACUAUGAGAUACAGGGUUCUCAGGGUUAAUGGUCUUGGCACCAAGUCUGUAGUUCAAUAAACAUUUGGACAAUGCUCUUAGACAUAUGUUUUAAUUUUUAGGUAUUUCUGUGUGGAGCCAGGAACUCUGCGUUUUUUUGCAGAUUCCUUCCAGCUCAGGGUAUUCUGUUCUGUUCUAUACGAGCUAGUGUUUUUGAUGACCUCUCUCCCCCAAGCACAUGUGCCUGGAGCUUCAUUGUGUUCAUUUUAUUCAAAUACAACUUCAUUGGCACCAUUAGCUUUAUACCAAGAACACUUGACCACUGACAGAUGGCUGCCUCAAAGAAUUGUUGCUGAAUGUCAUGGUCACCUAAUACUUGAAAUAGACAUACAGAAUAGAUGCAUGUGAAGGCUGUUAGAUGCCACUGGGAUUUAUUUUUUGUUUGUGGUUUUGGUUUUGGAUGGGGGUUGUGUUUGGUUUUGGUGCGUUACAGAUUUUCUUCACAUGUGAAUUGGCUGGAUGAAGUAGUUGCUGGUACUAUUAAGAUACUUGGAUUGGCUAGAAUUGUGUAAGAGGAAUCACAGCAUGUGUAUAUGGUCUGUAUUUCUACUGUUAUACAAGUGGCAGUUAUGUUUUUUAUGCUGUCCAUGAAGUACAUUAAAACAGUGUCAGCCCUUAAAGGUGUGUUUAAUAAAGAUGACUUCAUCAACACAUGGGGAUCAUGGCAAGUAACCACAAAACUGCAAAUCACCCAUGUGUCUGAACUGUUCCUUUGUAUUAGUUUACUGAGGUUGGUAUGGAUGUUCUUUUAAGAACAGUAGCUUCAUUCCAGUCAUUAACAUGGAAGUAUCUGCACAACAAGAACUGUGAGAACAUAUAUACACUUAUUUUAGGUACUAUACAGAAUGAAAAUCUUUGCUUGUAUAUUUAUUUCAAAAAGUUCUUAAAAUCAUAUCUGUGUGUAGAUCAUGUGAACAGACAUACAAAAUAGCUUUCUUGUGAAGAUGAAUUUGGGUAAAUCUAGUUGCAGGUAAUUAAGAUGUAUUUAUAACUAAAAUUACUUUCUUAAUUGGUCCAGAUCUUUGCAAUAAGAAUCAGCAUUUUGCUGGUUUUUGCAAGUUCUGUAUGGAAGUUUAUUUCCAGGGUAGAUAAAUCAUAAUUUAGAUCUGACGGCCUUUGUUUUUUUCUUCAUUUUUUCCUUUGUAUAUGUACACUUCACCUGAUAUUUAUAUAUAUAUCAAUAUAAAAACAAUUGAAAGAUAAAUUUUGCAAAACAAAAUUCAUUGCUCUCAAAUAAGUGGCUUCAAAUUAAACCAUUCAACACCUGAAAACAUUCCAGUUUAGUAUAAAAAGGGUCAAUACAUAGCAACUUGCUUGAAAACAACAACACUAAAUGUUAUGAGUUACGCUAUUUGUAAACAAUUUUUAUUAAAUAAAAAAGCUAUUUUUGCAAAA